CCUGAGUGGAUAGCCACAGUGUGAGGAGAGACUCGGGGUGGAUCCUGGUGAAGAACCGUCCUUUUCUCUAUAUCAGCUUACUCUACCACAAUGUCCAAACCGAAGUUUCAGACGGAGUGGGAGGAAAUCGACGGGGAAUAUCAACAAUUACAGGAAACUCACAAAAUAUACAGACAAAAGCUUGAGGAGCUCACCAAUCUUCAGGCAACCUGCAGCAGCGCGAUCAGCAAACAGAGAAAAUGCCUAAAAAGCCUAAGGCACAGUUUGACCAAGUGUGCGCAAACAUGCGACGAGAAAGAACUGGAACUAAUAGCAGACAUCAAAACACAAAUCAAAGAUAGAGAAAAUGUGUUCUUUGAUAUGGAAGCAUAUUUGCCAAAGAAAAACGGGCUGUACCUGAAUUUGGUCCUGGGCAAUGUAAGCGUAACGCUUCUCAGCAACCAGGCAAAAUUUGCCUACAAAGACGAGUACGAGAAGUUCAAGCUUUAUAUGACAAUAAUCCUGAUGUUUGGAGCAAUAACCUGCCUCUUCUUUCUCAACUGUCGAGUCACUGAUGAAAUCUUCAACUUUUUGCUGGUGUGGUACUACUGCACCUUGACCAUAAGGGAAAGCAUCCUCAUGAGCAAUGGCUCCAGGAUCAAAGGUUGGUGGGUGUCUCACCAUUAUGUGUCCACCUUUCUGUCAGGUGUGAUGCUUACCUGGCCAGAGGGGCCCAUGUAUCAGAGGUUCAGAAGCCAGUUCCUCGCUUUCUCCAUAUAUCAAAGCUUUGUCCAGUUCCUCCAAUAUUACUACCAGAGCGGCUGCUUAUACAGGCUGCGGGCUUUGGGAGAACGAAAUCAGCUGGACCUCACAGUGGAGGGAUUUCAGUCCUGGAUGUGGAGAGGCCUCACUUUCCUUUUGCCGUUCCUCUUUUUUGGCCAUUUUUGGCAGCUGUACAACGCAAUGACCCUGUUUCGCUUGGGAGGACGUGACGACUGUAAGGAGUGGCAGGUAUUUAUGCUGGCUCUGACAUUUCUCAUCCUAUUCCUUGGGAAUUUCCUCACUACAUUAAAAGUUGUCCACCAAAAAAUUCAGACAAACCAGGGAAAGGUGCAAAAAAAUGACUGAGACAAACAAACCGAAGACGCCUCAGAUUCUUAACAUAGGGCCAGUAAUUUUGAAGCAACACGUACAAUCGCUUGAUUGACUGACCACCAGUACGAUCAGGGCCAGGGGAGGAUGAAGCUGAGUGCCGCUGUUUCUCUGAAGCUGUGGCGGCGGCAGCAGCGUCCAGCCAAAGUAUCUGGCCAACAAGCUUUUGCUUUCUAAUGACUUGUCGUCGAUGUCGCUGCAGAAGUCUGUCAAACACAAAGGGGCGGUCACCUGAUAGACGAACAGUUUGUCGCUUUACCCUGUACAUAAAGUGUGUGGAAAGAAUGUGUUUUAUUUGGGUGUUUGUCAGUGCAUGAAUCUUGUCAGAGAGCCUUUGUUUAAAUAUGCAACUAAAAUGAGGGACCGGUAGCACCAGUUAACAGGAUAUAGUUUGCCUUUUGAAGACCUAAAGUCUGUCGUGUGUGUAUAUACUUCAUACUUCUGUGAAGUAGUAAUGGUCAAACGGUCUGUGGCCUGGCACUGUGCUUCGGGCGGGGGGGGGUUGUUUGUGUUUUUGGUUUUUUUUGUGGGGGGAUGACAAAUGUAGGUCCACAACUUCAAAGAACACCUGAUACUUUACUGCCCAAAAUGACCUGCAAUUUCGGGGGGGGUUAUCAAACGCCUAAACUUGGUGAAUAUGAAUACAGACCUAAAAACGUUUACUUAUCUACUAAAACAAGGAUUUCAUUUCAACUCCUCCCCAGCAGGUACGUUUUUAUGUUCUCUUUAACAUAACGUUAGCAAUUUGUAUUGCAUACAUGGGUGUAUCAUGCUUCGCUAAUGGUCUAAAUCAUGCUUCAAGCUUCUUAAACAUUUUAUCACAAAACCCUGAUAUGAGACAGUAAGAUUAACACUUGAAGGAAAAAUAACACCGUAUUUGCUGCCCAUCUUAUGUAUUGUUGCAGAAGUGUGUUAUAUCAAUGCUGCUCUGGGCUCUGGUACUGUAAGACUAAGAUACAGAAUGUAUCUAAUGUAUUUAAUUUUGAAUCAAGAUACUAAAAGUGUUUGUAUGAAUGAACUUAUGGCCAAACCUGGAGCCUUUGCUUUAGUUCACUGUAGUGUAGUCUGGUUUGGUUUCAUGCUUGUUUGAAAGUAUAAUAAAGGGACUCCAAAGUUCAGAUGGGUUCAGACGAACAGCUGUAGUUGGUGUCAGGCCCCUAAUGCCUUAUUCACCCUUCAGCCUGUCGCAGCUGAAAAAUCAAGACGGUAGCGAUACAUUUGUCUUCUCU